UUUUCUUUCCAGUUUUCGUCUUCGAGUCGUUUAACUUCCCUUCAUUUCCGUAUAUCUCUACAUUCUCUUUAUUUUUUUUUCCUCCUUUUUGCCAAGACUUGAUUCAUUGUCGAAGCUGCGCUUCUUUGCGUGAUCUGCUGGAUUCUACUUUUUCUUUCCUUUGAUAUUCAUAGACCCAUACCCUACACUUCUCUAGAUCAUGUCGGAGAAGUAUGAUGAUGUUGAGAUGAUGGGUGAUACCCCUCUCGAAACCAAAACCGCCGGUAAUUUGGCUUCGCUUACGGUCGAGGAAUUGUACGAUAAAGACAAAUUCGAUCUGUCAACAAUGGAACCUGGCGAUGUAUUCGAGCUACUUCAGACAAGUUCAGAUGGCUUGACAAGCGAGGAAGCCGCCCGACGUAUCGAGAAAUUCGGUCCAAAUAAAUUGGAACAGAAAGAGAUCAAUCCUAUCUUACAGUUCUUGGGAUUCAUGUGGAACCCGUUGUCAUGGGUCAUGGAAGCCGCUGCCAUUGUUUCUAUUGCUCUUGCUAAUGGCGAAGGACGACCUCCGGAUUACCCCGAUUUUAUCGGUAUCGUUCUACUGUUACUGGCCAAUUCCAUCAUCGGUUUUAUGGAGGAACGUCAAGCAGGAAAUGCUGUCAAAGCUUUAAUGGAGUCCUUGGCUCCUGAAUGCAAAGUGAAACGAAAUGGAGAAUGGUCAACUAUGGAAGCCGCCAAUCUUGUCCCUGGCGAUAUCAUUAGUAUUAAGCUUGGUGAUGUUGUCCCCGCCGACGGUCGUCUGAUUACGGCUCACGGUCAAGUAUCUAUUGAUCAAGCUGCCCUCACGGGCGAGUCCUUGCCGGUGGGCAAAGAAGCCGGCGAUGAAAUUUUCUCUGGAUCUACCGUCAAGCAAGGAGAAGCUGAAGCUAUUGUCAUUGGUACCGGUCUCAAUACGUUCUUUGGUCGCGCCGCAAAGCUUGUUGGCGAAGCCAACGAUGAUGUUGGCCAUCUGCAGACCAUCCUUGCCAAAAUUGGAAAUUUCUGCCUCUGCUCGAUUGGUAUCUUUAUCCUCAUUGAGAUCAUUGUCAUGUAUGCCGCCUUCCGAUACUCGUAUCGCCGAGGUAUCGACAAUUUGCUGGUAUUACUCAUUGGUGGUAUCCCAAUUGCUAUGCCUACGGUGCUUUCUGUUACCUUGGCGAUCGGUGCUAAGCAGUUAGCCGAGCAUAAAGCUAUUGUCACCCGCAUUACUGCUAUUGAAGAAAUGGCGGCCGUUACGAUUCUGUGCUCAGACAAGACAGGAACGUUGACUCUGAACAAGCUCAUCGUUGAUAAACCUACUAUCAAGACAUACGCUGAAUUCUCCGGUGACGAAGUGAUUCAGCUUUCCGCCUUCGCCUCCCGUACCGAGAAUCAAGAUGCUAUCGAUUUCUGUAUCGUCAACUCAUUACCUGAUCCAAAGCUGGCGCGCGAAGGAAUUACAGAACUGGAAUUCAAGCCAUUUAAUCCCGUGGUCAAGCGAACAGAAAUCACUUACCAGCGACAAUCCGAUGGUCAAGUGCUUCGCGUAAGCAAGGGCAUGUCGCACACGAUUCUCGAUUUAUGUACAAGGGAUAAAUCGGAAGAUCAGAUCAAAGCUCUCAAUGAAGACGUGGAUGAAUUCGCCCGUCGUGGUCUCCGUGCGUUGGCUGUAGCCGUUGAUGAAGUACCAAGUGGCAAUGCCGAAGAUGAAGGCAAAGGGUUCCGUCUCAUUGGCCUAUUACCGAUUUAUGAUCCUCCUCGAUCUGAUACCAAGGAAACCAUCGAUCGGGCUAUUGCACUUGGCGUUCAAGUGAAAAUGAUUACUGGUGAUCAGUUGGCUAUUGCCAAAGAAACCGGUCGUCGUCUCGGUAUGGGUGAUAAUAUGUUUUUGUCAAAGACGCUCAAGGAUGGGCCCCCUGCAGGCUCUGGUUAUACCGAUGUUGAUGAACUCGUUCUCCAGUCCGAUGGUUUUGCCGGUGUCUAUCCCGAACACAAGUACCGAAUUGUCGAACGUCUGCAAGCCAUGGGCCAUAUGACUGCCAUGACAGGUGAUGGUGUGAACGACGCUCCAGCCCUUUCCAAGGCCAAUGUUGGUAUCGCUGUUGCCGACGCCUCCGAUGCUGCAAGAUCUGCUGCGGAUAUUGUCCUUACCGAACCUGGUUUAUCUGUCAUUAUUGAAGCUAUCAUCGGUUCGCGCCAAAUUUUCCAACGCAUGCGCAAUUACUCAAUCUAUACUUGCUCCGUUACUAUUCGUGUCGUUGUCGGUUUUGCUAUCCUAUGUUUUGCAUUUGAGCACGACUUCCCGCCAUUCAUGGUCUUGAUCCUCGCUAUCCUGAACGACGGUACUAUCAUGACAAUUUCUACCGACCGUGUAAAGCCUUCACCUUAUCCUGAUGCAUGGAAUUUACGGGAAAUCUUCAGUUACGCUAUUAUCUACGGCCUCUAUCUGACCGCUUCCACCGUUGUUUUCUUUGCAAUCGCAUUCAAAACCCAAUUUUUCAGCAGUACCUUUGGCGUGGAACAAAGUUUGGAUUCCAAUCAUCCUAUCUACCAUUCCAUCAUAUACCUACAAGUAUCCACAAUUUCACAAGCUCUUAUCUUUGUGACUCGUUCUCGCGGUUUCUUCUUUACCGAGCGACCUUCCGUUAUGCUGAUGUGCGCUUUUAUCGUUGCACAGCUGGUGGCUACUUUCCUUGCCGUAUAUGCUGAUUGGUCCUUCACGGCUAUUCGCGGCUGCGGCUGGGGCUGGGCGGCUAUCGUUUGGGUAUGGAACAUCAUCUGGUUUAUCCCAUUGGAUCUUCUCAAGUUUACAAUGCAAGCUGUCUUUGAACCGAAGAAUACCCUUCAAGAAUCCAAGGUACCUAUGGCUGGAAGUCAGAGUCGUCGUGCUUCGGCCAUUUCUGGCACUUCGUCUGCUCGUUACUAUGCCAACCGUACGCGAUCGCUCAAGUCAUUGGAACGACCUCAGAAUUUUGGCAAAAAAUUGCUCGGCAAGAAUAAGCGAAGCAUGGAUGCAAAAGAAAUGCGUCGCUUUUCCUCGGUGCAAACCAAUCAUGCUGCGCAGGUGUUGAAUAACAAGGCAUAAGCGAUAUCUAUUCCCCUCAAUGUCUGUUAUAUUUGAUUUUUUCCCUUCUAUCAUAAAAAAGCGCCAAACCAAACCAACAGCAUAGAAGCUAUACUCAUCUUUUAUUCAUUAUACUUCGCCUUUUUUUUUUAUAUAUUUCUCACCGCGCUGUAUUCGACUAGGUGUUCUUCAAUGUCGAUUAAUGUGAAUUAACUUGUUUUUUAUACUUGACAUUAAAAAAACUGUGAUUUUCUUCCCAACCUUUGUAGUCCACUUGAUGCCACAUUUGCGAGAAA